AUGGAACGGGAGCUGGCGGUACAGAAUAGAGGUACCUUCGUGAGAGGAAUGUCGGAGUCUAUAAUUGACGUUACGCUGGCGACAGCGGAGAUGGCACGCAGGGUGGAAGGCUGGAAGGAGCUGGACGAAGAGACACUUAGUUUGCAUAAGUAUAUUUCUUUUGAGAUACGGUGGCAAACGAAUAGUUGCUGGGAGACCCGGAAUAAAGGGAAAAUUGACUUGGUGGAGGCUGAAAGAAAAAUGCGAGAAUACGAGGAGGAUUGGCAAAAUUUGGAGCAAUGUACGGCACGUUUGCAGCAGAUAAAGAGGACUUCAAUGGUACGGAGAACCUCGAAUUUAGGGUCCAUGUACUGGUGGACUGACGAGCUGGCAGUACUCAGGGCUAGGAUGAUGGAGAAUAGGAGACGUAUGACGAGGCUACGUAGAUCGAGGAGGCCGGUGGAAGAGAGGGAACUUGUCGAGACGUAA